GUUCUAUGACGGUUCCAAUUCGGCGUUUUGAAGGAGAGCAGUAAUCUUAGAAAAGUGUUCAGAGUUGUCCUUUUGCCUUCUGUGUUUCUUGGAUGUGUGAUAUGUCCGGGUUUCAGGAUCCCCCAGUGCUUCCUGGUGAUGCUCAGAAGCUGUCAGUAAGUAAAGAAGAACCUCCUGAGCUGCAGGAAUGGAGCCCCAGUCUGGUGAAGGAGGACACAGAACCUCCUGUCUUCAAAGAGGAACAGGAGGAAUUGUGGAUCAGUCAGGAUGCAGAGCAGCUUCAAGGACAAGAGGAGGCUGAUGUCAAGGUCUCAAUUACCCCUGUAACUGUGAAGACUGAAGAUGAUGAUGAAGAGAUACCCGAGUCCUUGCAGCUUCAUGAAAUAAAAACUGAACAGAUAGAAACAGGAGGAGAUGGAGAUUACUGUGGGGGAUCAGAAAAAGCAAGGAGCUCAGUUUCAGAGAGACAUUUUCACCCAGAGAUCGAGGUCAUGAUUGAAGAGUCCUCUGAUUCUGAGGCUGAAGAUUGUAACAAUGCAUAUCAGUCAGGUUUAAACUCUGUGGAAAGAGUUAAAGAUAAGAGAAGUGUAAAAGCGCAUCUGGCAGAACAUUUAAAUGAUCAGGUGGACAAACCUACUUGCCCUGAGUGUGGCAAAACAUUUAGAGAUAGAGGUAAUCUGGCAGAUCACUUUAGAACUCACACAGGAGAGAAGCCCUUCAGUUGCUCUGAGUGUGGCAAAAGCUAUAGACAUAGAAAUCAUCUGAAAGACCAUUUGAGAGCUCACGCAGGAGAGAAACCCUUCAGCUGCCCUCAGUGUGACAAAAGUUUUAGACGUAAACGUCAUCUGAGGGAUCAUUUAAGAAUUCACACAGGAGUGAAACCCUUCAGUUGCUUUGAGUGCGGUAAAGAGUUUUACCGCAAGGAAAACUUGACCCAACAUAUGCGUGUUCAUACAAGAGAAAAACCAUUUAGUUGCUCUGAGUGCGAUAAAAGAUUUGCCAAUUCAGGAUAUCUGAAAAAGCAUAUGUUGAUUCACACAGGAGAAACACCCUUUAGCUGUUCUGAGUGCGGUAAAAGCUUUAAGGAUAAAGGAAAUUUGAAUAAACACAUGAAAAUGCAUACAGGAGAAAAACCCUUUAUCUGCACUUUUUGUGAUCAAAGAUUCUUAUGGUCCACUCAGUUAAAAAGACACAAGUGUGUUGGUGGUCAUCCCUCAGAACCAUUUGAAAACCAAACAGAGCUUAAAAGAAGGCCAGAAACAGGGGCUGGUGUAGAGGAUGGUGAGGGAUCAGAGGAAGCCAGGAAUUCAGAUCCAGACAGACAUUUACAAUCAGAGAUUGAGGUAAUGUUAGAGGACUUUUCAGAACCUGAAACUGGAUCCGAGACCAUGUAUCAGUUUUACACUGAGAGAUCAGGAAAUUCCAGUCAGAGUUAUGAAAUGUAAUACUGGUGACAAAACAUCAACAAGUAGAGCUCAGCUGCUUUAAAUAUGUAACAGUUUCAACUGGAGUUACCUUCUGCAGGUAGAGAAGCCAUAAUCUUAAUGUCAUGCUAUAUCAAUUUAAGAAAUGUGUGUAACUUUAGAGAAGUAAGAGCAUGUACUUAUUUGUUUUGGCUUAAAAGUAACCUUUGUACUGUUUCUACAUGAGAAGGUGAUGGCAUCUUUCGCAGCAGGUGCUGCUGAAAGAAAAAAAACUCUGUGUAAGUGCUCUGAGUUACUCCA